ACCCAGACCCAGCUAAGUGGAACCCAAGCACAUCACGCCCCAGUCGCCGUCAGAACAGCAUUGAGUGUUGCACUGCACAUUUAUUAGCUGACCACUUUCUUCUCUAUGUCCCGUAUCAUCUUUAAAAAUAAAGACAAUUUAAAAUAACAUUUUCUACCUCAACUCAUAAGCCAUGGCUGGGAACUUCUGGCAGAGCUCGCAUUAUCUGCAGUGGGUCCUGGACAAGCAGGACCUGAUGAAGGAGCGUCAGAAGGACAUCAAGUUCAUGUCUGAGGAAGACUACUGGAAACUGCAGAUCUUCUUUGCCAAUGUGAUCCAGGCACUGGGGGAACACCUGAAGCUCCGCCAGCAGGUCAUUGCUACAGCAACCGUCUACUUCAAACGUUUCUAUGCCAGGUACUCCCUGAAGAGUAUAGACCCAGUGCUCAUGGCUCCUACAUGUGUGUUCCUUGCCUCCAAAGUGGAGGAAUUCGGUGUUGUUUCAAACACUCGUCUGAUCUCUGCAGCUACGUCUGUGUUAAAAACAAGAUUUUCCUAUGCCUUCCCAAAGGAGUUCCCUUACAGAAUGAACCAUGUAUUAGAAUGUGAGUUCUACCUACUAGAGCUCAUGGACUGCUGUUUGAUAGUAUACCACCCCUACAGACCCCUGCUGCAGUACGUGCAGGACAUGGGGCAGGAGGACAUGCUACUGCCAUUGGCCUGGAGAGUAGUGAAUGACACGUAUAGGACAGACCUCUGUUUACUCUACCCUCCCUUCAUGAUCGCACUAGCAUGUCUGCAUGUUGCCUGUGUGGUGCAGCAGAAAGACGCCAGGCAGUGGUUUGCUGAGCUCUCUGUCGACAUGGAGAAGAUCCUGGAGAUCAUCCGAGUCAUCCUGAAGCUGUACGACCAGUGGAAGAAUUUUGACGACAGGAAGGAAAUGGCUGCAGUGCUCAACAAGAUGCCUAAACCCAAGCCGCCUCCCAACAGUGACAAUGACCAGAGCUCCAGUGGAAACCAGAAUAACUCUUACAUCCAGUCAUAGGCAAUGGGACGUCCACCUUGGCUCAUGUAUGAUAACUCAUCAGAUGGCCACAGGAAUGCUGGCAUUAGCCAAUUGGCGGCAGCAGUCCUGUGUUUCCAUCCCUCAACAGUUAAAGGGCGCGUUCCUGUGCCCAGGUGUUGCUAACGCAUGGCAGAUCUUAAAACACCUGGAUAGGUAUUUUAUGUAUCAGCUAACCACAUGUUAUAGCAAUAUAGUGCCCGACCGGGCACAGUUGAUGGCUUUGCUAGCAACAAUUGGUUGAUGCAUUCAACGUCUGUGCAGGGGAACGCGACCAAAAACCUUAUGGACCUAACUGUGAGAAACAGGAGGAUGUAGUGGGGGGGGGGGGGGGGGGACUAUGAGUUGUGAUGAUCCUGACUUCCUUGAAACACUCUCGGGGAACAAUCAUAUAAUAUGGAGCUCCGUGGGGCCAGAGAACUUGAUCAUUAGUGAUUGUGAUGUGUGAGUGGCCCAUUUGGCAGUGUCUUCAUUCCUCAGGGAGAAUAGUAGUCCUUUUUACUGGUAUCGCUAAGAUGAUUGGACCCUGUACUGUUUGAGAUGCGUUCUGAAAGGAUGUAAGUCUGUUCGAUUGUGUGACCCGAUUGGAUGUCCUGUUAUCUAAGGUCUACGUUGAUUGGUUACAGAGCUCAGCAGGUGAAGUCAUGGGGGAGAAUGGAAUUUCUGGGGGUAUACCCGCUAGAUUCAAGUGUCUUCAUUAUCUGUUACAUCUCCAGCCUUUGUAAAUAGCUUCACUCAUGUCUUUCAUUUCAUCGUUUGUGUUUUACUUGAUUGGGCAAAUUUGCUUGGGUAGAAAUCAUGAAAUGUAUUUGCUGUCUGCUUCAAGUAAAACUGCUCAAAUGUGUUUACUAUCAUGAUGUAAUUAGCCUGCAACAAAAACGUUUUAUUUUUUAUUCUGCUUUUUUUAUGUGGAGAAUUGUUAGGACCACAUUUUUGGUGGGGAAGGCAGGUGGAUUUUUAGCUGUGUGUUCUUGAUUGCAUAUUGAAUCAGUCCUACACAAGCCAGGGUCCAAUGUUUUCUGUCUGCAUGUACCACGUAUUUAAUCAAAUUGAAGUGUCACAAUACCUUUGUGUGCAUAUUUACUUGUAGAUAUUGAUAUAUUUUCUGUACAGUAAUACAGUGGGAGUUGUGUGUGCGUGUGAGAGGUUGUUUCUCUUGGUUUCUGUGAUAUGUACGUGUUCACCUGUGUCCAGAACUGGGUGCUUGAAUGCCUUACAAAAUAAGCUGUUUAUCAAGGUAAUAAGACUUAGGAGCACACUGUCCUAUUGCAGGGAAGUGAUGUUUUUUGUUUGUUUUCGGGGUUGGGGGGUCCCUUUGGGUGCAUCCCAAUAGUCUGAAGUGAAUUCCUCUCCUUGUUAUCGGUUGCUUCAUAUACACUGAUGCGAAGUAAAUCUAGAUGAAAUCAGGCUGUUUGUGGUUGUGCUCCAUAUUACUUUCACAUACUGGCUGUUUGCAAGUCAUGAAAGAUCCAGCUUUUAGUCAGCGAGGAUCCAGCUUUUAGACUAUUGAGAUACAACCUUUUGCCUCAGAGUUCCCUUCCCCUUUACAGGCUCCAUCAUUUAUCAUAUGUGUUUACUUGACUGACUGGGAUUAGCCUACUAAUGUUUUCCCCCUGUCUCUAUAGAACCACAACAUGCAAAUGUGUGGUUUGUCAAGCAUUGGCUAUUACUUGAACUGUAUUUCUUUUUGAAAAUCUAUUGUGGUAAUAAAAUGAAUAUUGCAGUAACCAAAUGGGUUGAUGCAGCUAUAGCUCCUUC